CCGGAAUAAUCCCGCCAUGGGGUGACUGCCAGUAUGCAUAUAAAUACAGGGCUUCAUCGCCCCUCCGAAAUUUCCUUCUAGCUCACGCUCAAUUGACCAUCACGAUGCACUUGUUCACCGUUCUGGGCCUCGCCUCCCUCGCCCAUGGCGCAACCACCCUCAUCCCCUCUACCUGCUUUGACUCCUACUCUUCUCUAGAGGAAUACUUUUCUUACCUCUACCCCUGGGGGUCCGACCACAAUGGGUCUGCUCGCAUGGUCGGCAAUUCCACCGACCAUGACUACAUCUCUGUUGACUCUGGCACUUUGACUCUGGUUGCGAAACCGGUCAGCGGCCAGCCAGCGACCAGCGGUGGGCAAGAGAUCAAUUAUCUGUCUGGAGCAGUGCAUUCGACCAAGACCUUCACCGUCGAAAAGGGGUCUGGGUUUGACAUCCAGGGUGAAUUUCAGGCGACGACGACCAAGGGGACUUGGCCUGCGUUUUGGCUGAACGGGGCCGAUUCGUGGCCACCGGAGCUUGAUUUGGCAGAGUGGAAGGGGAGUGGUGAUAUCAGCUUCAACACUUUCAACAGCUCCUCCGAAGUCCAGUCUCUAGACACCGAAUAUUCCUCCCCAGACGACUUCCAUACUAUCAAGAGCGAGAUCCGCGAUGAAGACGGCUCGAAUAUCUCGAUCAACUACUAUCUGGAUGAUAAGCUGAUGGCCACCCAGUACGGAAGUGAUUAUGUCGGAAAGCCGCUUUAUCUAAUCAUCAAUUUGCAAAUGGAGGGAUCGUCUGGUACUCCUGGGCCGACAACGGAUACCUAUUACCGGGUCCGAAACUUGUCCUUCCAGCAAACCUAGACUAGACAUAGCUGUAUAUAUAGCUGCUAAGCUUAGGCUUCUUCAAUUCCGCC